GAAAAAUCUAUUUCGAGAAAAAAUCAUAUAUUUGAGUUCAAUUAUAUUUAAUUACUUAUAUUCAUUAAAUAUAAUAUGGAAACAGAAUUUAUUAAUUUAAUAGAAGAUGGAGGAGUUAAAAAAAGAAUUCUUUAAGAAGGUUAAGGAGAGAUACCUAUUGAUGGAUCAAGAUGCAAAAUACUAUAUAAAGGAACUUUAGAUGAUGGAACUGUAUUUGAUUCUUAAUUAGAUACAGAAAGACCUUAUAAAUUUAGAAUUGGAAAAGAAGAAUUAAUUAAAGGUUUUGAUAUUGCAUUAAAAUCUAUGAAAGUUGGAGAAAAAGUUGAAUUAAAAAUCACACCAAAUUAUGGUUAUGGUGAUGAUGGAGAUUCUUAUAAAAAUGUUCCUAAAAAUGCUAAUUUGACAUAUGAAUUAGAAUUAAUCAAUUUUAAAGAACCAAAAAAAAGAAAAUGGUAAUUAAAUAUAAAUAAUAGUUUAGGGAAAUGAAUUCAGAAGAAAAACAUCAAGAAGCCCUUAAUAAAAGAAUUAAAGGAACAGCAGCAUUUAAAUUACAAAAUUAUAAAGAAGCUUAAAAAAUUUAUAAGAAAGCUCUUUCAUAUUGUGUUUUGACCACUGAAGAAGGCAAUGAAUUAAAAGCAAGCAUAUAACUUAAUUUAUCUAUUUGUUGUUAUUAAUUAGAAGAAUAUAAAGAUUCAAUAGAUUAUGCUAAAAAGGCUCUUGAGUUAAAUACUAAUUAAUAAUAAAAAUUAAAAGCUUUAUAUAGAAAAGCUCUUGCUAAUAUCAAAAUUGCUGAACUUGAAGAAGCAUUAACUGAUUUAAGAGAAGCCUUUAAAAUAGAUUCUACUAAUUCAGUUGUUAUUUAAGAAUUAUCAAGAGUUAAAUAAUUAUUAAAGGAAGCAAGAAUGAAAGAAAAAGAAAUUUAUUCUAAAUUAUUCUAAUAGAAACUUUAUGACGAAUCAGAAAUUGAACCAAAUAAAAUUGAAAUAAAAGAAGCUAAAUCAGAAGGUUCUAGUUGUUGUGAUCCUAAUGAAAAAAUUGAAGAAGAAACAUAAACUAAAACUACUGUUGAGAAUAAAGAUGGGUAAUUAUAAGAGGAAAAAAUAGAAGAAAGAGAAUAAAUAAAAAUUGAAGAAAACAAUUAAAAUAAUACUAAAAUAGUUGAAGAAACAGUAACAAGUGUUUGA